UUACUUGAUACGUAUUUUCGCAGUGUUUAUGGUUUUUUAAACCGUGUUCUUUUAUAUUAUCCUCGCGUGGUAUCAUUCAAAACAAGUUAUUUAAAUAAGCGGUAUUACUUAAUUUUUCGGAAUUGGAGAUAUGUAAAUCUGUUAGAGAGCUUGUAAGUCUUUCGCAGCAGUUCAUUGACAUUUGAGCCUCAAAGAAACUACGCCGUUUAUAAUACUUAUUAAAAUACCGUCUCCGGUAAUGGAGUGUGCACGUUGUUUUGCCGAAGAUGGAGUGAUAAAAGUGAUGGGAGAUUUCCCCCCUCCCCUUAGUUAUUCUUUUAAAACAGAAUAGCAAGUGCCACGAGUAAAGUUUUAUUCCUAGCCAGAUGGAUGUAUGGCACGGGAUUAAAUUUUAAAUACACUUUUAUGAGAAUUGACACUUUGGUCCGGGCCGAAUAAACGGUCGAUUUCGUGCUGUCUAGUAAGAGUUCGGUAAGACGUUGUCUCCCAGUUAAAUGUGCGUUAUCCCGUGAGUGUUUCUGGUUACGUUUCGGGAUUUUUUUGCGGCCAUCCUUGUAGCGGAAAGUGCACGUUUCACGCCUGUUCGGGACUCGCCGACUCGAGCUGCUUUUCAACGCAGCUAGUCAAUCUACAUUUAUUAACUUGCUUAAGCUACGAUAACAUUUACAGCACGUUGCUCAAAAAAAGGAAAAGAAAAUGCAAAUGCUAUGAAGAUGUCAUGGCGUCGUCUAACUACAGAUGAAGCCCGCGGCUCACCUUGCGUUAUUGUGCAAAGCCGUGUAUUUUGUGAAAUCAGCUGCCAUUUUGCACUUAUUCGAUUUUUGAGGCGUCAGAUUGUUGUUGUUGUUCGGUCCAGCUGAGGGGGGAUGGACGGGUGCCGCUUUGAAGUUGCUGCGCGCCUCCGUGUACUUCAGGCUACGGGAGUAACUGCGCACACCGCCGCAGAAUCAUUCGGAAAACAAAGGGGCACAUCGCAUAUUAUAUUCCGCUUUUUUUGUAUGCGCUGGCACAACUUAAGCAUAGUUGAUGGGUUUUGGUAUAUUUGUGUUUUUUAUUACUUUGAUCCGUAUUGGUUCAUUGUGGUAAAGGGCAUCUGAAAGCUGGCGACUGCGAUGCAGUGAAAAUGGAGUGAAAAUGGGUGCGCAUGAUGCAGAGCCAUGCUUCCCCGGAGAAGCGGUGGGCGGAAAAUGUUUGGUUUCCAUAAGCCGAAGAUGUACCGCAGUAUAGACGGCUGCUGCAUCUGCCGGGCCAAGUCCUCCAGCUCGCGCUUUACGGACAGUAAGCGCUACGAGAGGGACUUCCAGAACUGCUUCGGGCUUGCUGAAAGUCGCUCAGGGGAGAUCUGCAAUGCCUGUGUGCUCCUGGUCAAGCGCUGGAAGAAGCUCCCGGUGGGAUCCAAGAAGAACUGGAGUCAUGUGGUUGAUGCGAGAGGUGGGCCAAGCUUAAAGACUUCAGUGAGGCCUAAGAAGAUAAAGCCGUUAUCGAGGAGAGUGAGGCCGAGUCAGAUCAACAAAGUUCAGAAGGAGCUCAAACGGCUGUACUCUGAUGCCCACAGUACCACGUCGAGCGCCUCUCCGGCUCAGUCUCCCAGCUACAGCAACCAGUCCGAUGAGGGAUCGGACUCUGAGCUUGCCUCUGGCUCUUCCCGCUCUCCUGUCUUCUCCUUCCUUGACCUCACUUACUGGAAAAGGCAGAAGGUGUGCUGUGGAAUUAUCUACAAAGGGCGCUUUGGGGAAGUCCUGAUAGACCCUCAUCUCUUCAAGCCCUGUUGCCGUAAGAAGCAGCAGCAGCAACAGCAGCAGCAGCAAGAGGAAGAAGAUGAGACCCAGGAGAGCCAAGAGGACAGGGAAAGCAUGCAGCCACAGAGCCUGCUGUCGCCCCCUCAGGCCAAAGAGGAAGAGGAGGAAGAGCAUAUAGAGGAGGAUGAAGAGUGGUGACAUCAUUUCUUCCCCUCCACUGAUCAGAAGUUGCCUUUAAUUGCCUUCAUUUCAGGAGAACUUUUUUGGUUUUUAUUUGAUUGGUUGUACUUUGUGUAUUUGAUAUAAUGAGCCGUGCAGACUUUUCUAGUUUUCUCUCUCAAUUGUAUCUUUCCCUUCCUCUCUUAAGAAGAAAUGCUUGGAUUCUGCUUGGAGCGUGCCCUCCACUCCCUUCUUUGGACGUCUGCACGCAGCAGGCGAAAGAUUUGGAAUGACUCGCACACUCGUGUUUCUUGCUUCUAGACCAGAGCCAUAACUGAAGCUGGCCCUUUCUCCUGCCGCUUGCCUUGCCCAAAGACCUGCUUUGUAUAUACGUCUAUAUCCACUAUGUGGGUAUGGGCAUCUACUGAAAACAAACCUAGUUAGAAACUCAAACACCAGCCUUAAAUUCUUAGUCGUCGGUUGUUUAUCAAUGUAAUAUACUUUCUUUUUUCAAAAUGGUUGUUACGGGACCAAUUGAUAGUCGCAAUCGGAAACUGACACCUUUUAAGAAGUAUUGGUUAACCUGCAUGACGUAAGCGAUAGGUUUACCAAAAUAUAUCUUUGUAAAUUGCAUGAUAUAAGCCAUUGCAUGGCCUUUGGUGGUAGGAAUGUUGUGCCUUUUCGGGCCUAAUGGUGAAAAGCUAUAAGCAUUUUUAAUAAAAUGAAAUUAAGUAUAGGAAAAUUACGGAAGACUUUCUGCAAUGUACUUAUCAAAAAGUUCUCUUAAGAUUGCACACUUGUCACUCUCCCACUGUUGACAUUUAAAAAAGGAUAUACCCUUGCGACAUAGUGUACUGUAUACCUCCAGUGGCUGUAUGUGUGCUUUCUCAUAUUCAUGCUUUCGUGUAUUUACAUAGCUAGCACUUCAAAGGUAUGCUGCCGUUCUGAUACAGUUGGGCCACAAUGAGACCCUAUAUGCCUCCAACACUUUUCCAGUGGUUAAUUUAACUGUGUUCCCUAAGUAGCGAGCACUUGUUUUUUUGGAUGAUGGUCACACCAAGAACUAUAGCGAAUAAUAAACAAUGGUUGUGACCAAAUUUCACAGGAUGCAUUUGGGGCCUUGUGUAAGGGCAUUUUUAUACAAACGUCCGUAAGAGUACCUGAACACAAACAUGGUCUUUAAGACAAUAAGGCUGUAUAUGUUAAGAAAAUAUAUCUGCCCCAAAAAUUUAUCUCUAGUGAAGAUGGUUACCUCAAAGGUUAAAUACAUAAUAGGGAUUGGACUGUAUUGAUUAAAUGACUGGUGACAUAUGACUAACUAAUCCUGUUGCUUUUUGAAUUGUAGAGUCAUGUCCAAAACGGGCAUGAAAACUGUUAAAGAAUGAGACAUAAUGCAUUCAGUUUUCGGUUUUUUAUUUUUUAUUUCGCAUAUUCAUGCGUGAGCAGCUUCGCGUUACGCUUACUGACCAGAAGGUGGUGCUGCUGAAUCGUCAGUUCCCCCCCCCCCCCCCCCAGCAGUAAACCGUCUGAUUACAGUUUGUGUAUGUUCUUGACUUUUGCCGUGCAAUCUCAUAAGGAAUAGCAUUUCAGACUCAAUGGUUGUUAUACAUCAAUGACUUAUUAAACGUUUCUUCAUCGAUGUAUGUCACCACUGAGAUUAAAAACGAGUUAAUAUGUGGUCUGGUUCAUACUUUAUCAUGAUAUCCUAUUAGUGGAUGUGUUUAUUGGCAGCUAUAUGUUAAAAUUUCCCCAAAAGUGCAGUUCACAGCUUGGUAUUUAAGCUUUAUUGUAAGAAUGCUGCAGACCAAUUGACUUGUCACCAGUGUAUUUGUAGGAAUCUCAUGCAUGGACACUAAAAUGGUACUUUUUGUGUGUGAUUUUUCUCCCUGCCAUAUAUCUGGGAGGUUUUAUGUACAUAUUUAUUCUUGGGGAAAUCCUGUACCGGUUGACUUUCCUUCCUGUUAUUUAUUUAUAUUUAUUGGUACCACUUUGUUUUACCUUACUGGGUGUGCUUUUUGUCUUUUUUUUCUGUGUACUUUUCACACUUUAUGUGGGGUUGAUGGAUUGACACAAUGCAUGUUGUUAAAUCGUGGUAAUUUCUGUAGUAUAAGCUUAAGGAUUUCCGUAUUUUGCUUGUGUUGGACUUUUAUAUGUCUCUGAUAAUGUUUAUUUUUCAAGUAGCAAGGGUGAAACACCAUAUUUAGAAGUGUUGUUAUGUUUGCCCUAAGCACCUCUAGUCUAAUUACGUAAUCAUGUCUAAAUUAUUCAUUCUACCUUGACCGCCAUUUCAGAAUUUCACAUUUUAAAGUUACAUAUUGAUGCUUUAAUCACAAAAUGAUUUAUGUAUUGUAUUUGUACGCAGACAAUUAAUUUGGGAUUUGGAAAUGAGCCCUUUGCAAUGAAGGUAUACUAAUCUGAGAUGAAAUUAUGAUUAUUUUUGUAUUGAUUUUGGCUGUAAAUUUCCUAAAGGAAAGUUUGACCUUUCAAUUCCCACAUGAAAUCUCUACAUAGACUAGUGUCUUAGCUGUAGUAGUACAGGCAUGUAUGGUAGCUAUGCACUUUGUAUUGACAACAUUAGAAAUAUAUGAAGCAAGUUUUGUAUUUUUAUACAUAUUGUACGUUUUUUACUAGUUUAAUAAAAGUAGUUUGUGAAAA